AGCUGUGGUAGGUUAUGUUUUUGUGUAAUCUAAAUUUAAUCCAAAAAUAUCUCUGUUUAUUGUGCAUAUUUUAUCCUUUAUUCUACUUAAUUCUCGCGAAAAAGAAAGAGUGUGUGUGAUUGUAUAUUGAUUUAUUGUGAUCUUAUUAAAUUGUUUAUUUUUUUUUUCAGCCGCCAGAUAUUUUUAACAUGCCGCGUGAAAUAAAAGACAUUAAAGACUUCCUUCUGAAAGCCCGAAGGAAAGACGCAAAAUCUGUAAAGAUAAAGAAGAACGCAGAGAAUGUCAAGUUCAAGGUGAGAUGCUCUCGUUUCCUGUACACACUGGUCAUCACAGACAAAGAGAAGGCAGAGAAGCUUAAGCAAAGUUUACCUCCAGGUCUACAAGUCAAGGAGGUUAAGUGAUAUGUUAGGUAUAAAUAAAAUUUAAAAAUCAAA